AUGGCGGGCACGCAGCGAUAUCUGCGCUACAUUAUAUUUGCCCUCGUGUGCCUAAUCCUACUCUUCUUCAUCUCCUCGUCCUCCACCGUUCCCGCGACACCGUGGCAAAGCGGCAAGCCAGAAACGGUAAAGGAGAUUGGAAACCAGAGCACCUCACCCAAGACUGCCCCUACAACCCCGAAUACCCAGAAUGAGUUGCCCCCGGCCACCGCAUCUGGGAGCCGUAUGAACGCGACCUUUGUCACUCUUGCCAGGAACUCGGAUCUCUGGGAGAUUUCCCGCUCCAUUCGCCAGGUCGAGGACCGCUUCAAUCGCAAGUUCAACUACGAUUGGGUCUUCCUCAACGAUGAUGACUUUGACGACGAGUUCGUCAAGGUUACCACUUCCUUGGUUUCCGGAAAGACAAAGUACGGCAAAAUCCCCACCGAGCAUUGGUCCUUCCCCGACUUCAUCGACCAGGACAAGGCUGCCGCAGUCCGUGAGGAAAUGAAGGAGAAGAAGAUCAUCUACGGUGACUCCAUCAGCUAUAGACACAUGUGUCGAUACGAAUCCGGAUUCUUCUUCCGCCACCCGUUGAUGCUAGACUAUGAGUGGUACUGGCGUGUGGAGCCCAGCAUUGAGCUCUUCUGCGACAUCAACUACGAUACCUUCAAGUUCAUGGCCGACAACAAGAAGAAAUACAGUUUCGUCCUCAGCUUGUACGAAUACGUGGAGACCAUCCCAACCCUUUGGGAUGCUGUCAAGAACUUUACCGCAACACACCCAGAGCAUGUUGUGAAAGACAACUCUAUGGGCUUCCUGAGUGACGACAACGGCGAAUCUUACAAUCAUUGCCACUUCUGGUCCAACUUCGAGAUUGGCAAUCUGGACUGGCUCCGCUCCAAGGCAUACGUCGAUUACUUCGAAUCCCUCGACCAUUCCGGCGGAUUCUUCUACGAACGAUGGGGCGACGCGCCUGUACACUCGAUCGCAGCUGCUUUGAUGCUCCAGAAGGAUGAGAUUCACUUCUUCAACGACAUUGCAUACUAUCACGUGCCAUUCACCCAUUGCCCGACGGGCCAGCAGACACGACUGGAUCUGAAGUGCCAUUGCAACCCCAAAGAUAACUUUGACUGGAAUGGGUAUUCAUGUACUUCGCGCUUCUAUGAGGUCAAUGGAAUGACAAAGCCAGAGGGGUACGAAAAGGAGCAAUAA